CUCGCACUCCGGCCGCCGGCGCCCCGCGGUCCCGCCCCAGCAGGCUCCCUCCCGGGCCCCUCCCCGCUCCCUCCGCUCUCUCGCUGCUCAGUCACAUCUUCCCCUGCCUUCCACCCCGAGGGACGAUGUUGAGGCUCAGCUGGGGAUACCGCGAGCACAACGGUCGUAUUCACUGGAAGGAAUUUUUCCCUAUUGCUGAUGGUGAUCAGCAAUCUCCGAUUGAGACUAAAACCAAAGAAGUGAAAUAUGACUCUUCCCUCCGACCACUUAGUAUCAAGUAUGACCCAAGGUCAGCUAAAAUCAUCAGCAACAGCGGCCAUUCCUUCAAUAUUGACUUUGAUGACACAGAGAACAAAUCAGUUCUGCGUGGUGUUCCUCUCACUGGAAGCUACAGGUUACGGCAGUUUCACCUUCACUGGGGGUCUGCUGAUGAUCAUGGCUCCGAGCACAUAGUAGAUGGAGUGAGCUAUGCUGCAGAGCUCCAUGUUGUUCAUUGGAAUUCAGACAAAUACCCCAGCUUUGUUGAGGCAGCUCAUGAACCAGAUGGACUGGCUGUCUUGGGAGUGUUUUUACAGAUUGGUGAACCUAAUUCCCGACUGCAAAAGAUUACUGACAUUUUGGAUUCCAUUAAAGAAAAGGGUAAACAAACUCGAUUCACAAAUUUUGACCCAUUAUCUCUGCUUCCACCAUCCUGGGACUACUGGACAUAUCCUGGUUCUCUCACAGUUCCACCUCUUCUUGAGAGUGUCACAUGGAUUGUUUUAAAGCAACCUAUAAACAUCAGCUCUCAACAGCUGGCCAAAUUUCGCAGUCUCCUGUGCACAGCAGAGGGUGAAGCAGCAGCUUUUCUAGUGAGCAAUCACCGCCCACCACAGCCUCUGAAGGGCCGCAAAGUGAGAGCCUCUUUCCAUUAAAAAUUGUCACCAGUGAACUCCCCCAAACAUGGCUGUGGAGAGACAAUGAAACAAAUCAAAGCACAAAAGUAUCUGCCAACAUCUCCUUUGUGGAAUUCUAAUUUAUAGGAAACAUUUUACUAUGAGCCUCAGUGUCACAAAGAAAAC